GGCCAGUCAAAAUUUUCGGCGCGAAGUUAACGGUCCUGGCCAGCAAGAAUGAGGAAAACGUUGACCCUCGUGCUUCUCUGUAUCGGACUGGCAACGUCCGAUUUAUCGCCAUAUAAACCAAGGGGAUGGCGUCCUAAUGGUCAACGCUUUAAUCCCACCGACAAUCGAUUGCAUGCGUAUUACGGGCCCCCCGGAUUACCAGCCUAUGAACCGCCGGACUCUACAAGCCAGCCACCAGUUUUCACCACAACCACGGCCCCGACAACAACGACGACGACAAGAAGAACCACAACGACGCCGAGAACCAAGGAGCCAACGACGCCCCCGAGCGUUCCCGAAGAAGACUUCGACGCGAAUCCGGCCCUAGCCAUCGCGAAUUCCUUUGCCUUUAAUCGACCCGUUUACAUUUACAACACCUUCCCGUUCCUGCCAGGCCAUAUUUUCGUUAAAUAA